AUGAAUUCCGGCUGCCGGCAAGACCUCCCGAUGGCGGCACUCAAGUUCUUCAAGAUUAUUUUGGAUCCUAAAGCUAACUGUCUAAGAAUCCCACCCGAGUUUACGAAAAGUUACGGACACAAUCUGCCUAACCGUGUCUUUCUAAAGGUCCCAACCGGACAAAAAACGCAAGUACAAUUGGUUCGGUGUGACGACAAUGAUAACAAUGUGGUGCUACAAAAAGGAUGGGAAGAAUUUAGGGAUCUUUACUCACUCGGCUUCGGACAUUUGUUAGUUUUUGUGUACAAUGGAGAAUCCGAGUUUAAUGUUUUUAUAUUUGAUGUGAGUGCCGUUGAGAUUGACUACCCGUUAUUCGAUAACGAAGUUCUGGAAUCGGAAAAUGGUUCCGAUUAUGUUGUGUUGUUGGAAGACUAUUAUUUGGCGAGCAAGAAAAGAAAAGGUAAAGCCAAAAGCCAAGAAAAUGCUUCGGCGAGCAAGAAAAGAAAAGGUAAAGCCAAAAGCCAAGAAAAUGCUAAUAAGGGGCACUCGUGGAGUUGUGAUGAUGAUGUGAUUGAAGUUUCGGACGAUUAUCCCGUCACGAAAUCGGUUAAGAGCAGACGGGAUAUUUCGUCUCGUCUGAAGAAAGAAUCAAGAUCCAAGCUCGAUGUUGACGGAAGGGAACCGCGCGACGCCUAUGAAAAAGCAAAGGAUUUUGUCUCGAAUCACAUGACUUCCAACAACCCGUUUUUCAUUUCUGUCAUGCACAAAUCCUAUGUUCUUGAAAGAUACAAUUUGACUGUGCCAUAUGCAUUUGCUAGGCGAAAUUUGCCGCGUGUGGGAAGUAACUCGAUAGUUAUGGUUAGCAACGGGAAAGAAUGGGCGUUGAGUUGCCACGUAGGAGACCGACGAGCUCAGCUGACGACCGGAUGGAAGAGUUUCGUGAAGGAAAACGGGAUUAAAGUCGGUGAUGCGUGCGUAUUUGAAGUGAUGAAGAAUAGUAAAGGCAACGAGCCCGUGUGGAAUGUCGUGAAUUUUCGCGAUGACUAG